AUGAACCACAGCAAGAACAAGCUCUCAUACCAUGUGCUCAAUCGCGAGAAAGAGUUUCGGCUUCUAAAUCUCAAACCCUCACAGGACUUUGAUUCCAUACUCGAAUGUUCGCUCUUCACUUCUACUAUCAAAAAUCCUCCACGAUGUGAGGCGUUUUCUUAUGUUUGGGGUGACCCAAAAGAAACAAGCCCAAUGAUUGUAAAUGGAGAAAGCUUCCAGGUUACGUUGAACUUGGAAAAGGCCCUGUGAUAUCUCAGGGAUCCUUUGGAAGUUCGGGCACUUUGGGUUGAUGCUAUUUGUAUUAAUCAGGUGGAUGUCGUGGAAAUAAAUUAUCAAUUGACUUUUAUGAAGGAUAUUUACAGUAAAUGUUGGAAAGAUCUGUUAUGGCUAGGACAAAGAAACGUAGUAAUGGAUCUUGGGUUGAGGAUGGUCGAGGGCUUAUUAUCAAGACAUAGGGAAGCUAAAGAGCAAUCCGAACCUGUGGAUACUCAAACUCUGGUGCAAAGACUGAACGAAGAUAUAAAAGAGGUAGCUAAGGAACCUAUGGAACCGGCACUUGUGGCGGAUAACCACCACUUUCGAUGUCUAAAGGCGAUGUUUCUUUUCGCGGAUUAUACAGGAAAUAGCAUAUGCACCAGAUCCUGUUCUGAUUUUGGGACAUUCCACACUUCCUUGGACUUCUGUGGAGAAACUUCUCAUCACCGUGGAUACAUUUCCAGGUGCCUUUGAUGAGACAGUCACUAAUCGCUACGAUGUCGGCCCCAAGUUGCGAGGUAGUAUUUUCAAUAGUUCAAGCUAUACAACAUCAAAGACUUAUUACGGGGAAGAUCGAAACAGGACAAGACUCGCAUUUAUUGGAUGUUCUUGCGAGGUUCCAGAAAACUUAUUCGACUGAUCCAAAAGAUAAAUUAUUCGCUCUCCUGGCGCUCACUUCAAAUCCCUUGGGAUUACAACCAGAUUAUGACGCGACCGAGAGGACUGUGUUCACAAAAUUUGCUACAGCUUAUAUCAACCAUGUCGGGAAUGUUGAUAUUCUGUGCCAAAGUCGUUGGAAACAUUACGUGGUCAACAAAGACAUUACACAUGGCAUACCAUCGUGGGUUCCUGACCUUGGACGACGCUGGCCCGUCCGCUUAAUCUUCGCCCAAAGGAGAAUAUUCAAAGCUGGGGGGCUAAAAUGCAGUGUGACUUGUAAUGUGACAAAUGAAGAUCGACUGAUCGUGGAAGGUGUUAACCUAGGCGAAGUGAAUCGACGUUACCCAAUACCUAACAGAAAAUUAACUACAGAAUGGAUCCCGGACGAGCUCAAGGUGUCAAAAACAUUAAUGUACGCCCCCAGAAUUUUAUCGAAAGCCGAAAGUGCUUUCCAAGCAUUUUGGAGGACUCUUUUGAGCGACUGUGUUCGUUACCCAAUGCGUCGUCUUAAUGAAGAUGAAUAUGCAAGCUGAUCCGGUCUUGAACUCUUCUUCCCCUUCUUUACUAUUCCAAUAAUGCAUAUAUCUCAUAACUCUUGCUUGCUCUCUCACAAACUCAACGAAUUCAUCCAGUCAUCCCUUUGUCGCUCUCCCACUGUAUGCACUUUUCCCUGACUUCUUCCCAGGAGCAAAGAAGUAAACCAACCCUCUCAGAUCUUCCACCCUUUUCUUCGCUCUGUCAUCUAUCUCUCCUGGAAAAUAAACAUCCAUAAUCCCAGUGUACUCCGUCAACAUAUUCCAAAAGUCGCCUGACAGUCCGGCAUGCGUGACGAUUGGUUCUCUUCCUUCCGAAAGCUCUUUCAUCCCGUUCAAU